AUGGCCGGCGACGACCAGCCGAACGCGCCGCAAGGCCUGACGCUCCCCACCUCCGUCAGCGGCAAGCCUGUCCAGGCCGCCUGGUCGGCGCCCCUGCGGCCCGCCGACGACCCCUCCUCGGGCAAUGCGAGCGCGAGCACGAGCAAGCGGCCGACGAUAGCGGACGCGGUCGCGAGCAUCAAAUCAGAAGACUUUGCCAAGGUCGCCAACACCCCGUGCUCCCGGAACGGUUUCAUGACGGGCAUCGUCACGGGCGCGGCGGCCGGCGGUCUGAAGCUGGUAGUCCGAGCAAAUUGGGUCGGGGCCGCCAACUGGGCGGUCGGCAUGUUCGUGGUCGGGGCCACUGCGUCGUACGAAUACUGCCAGUACAGCAGACGAGUCGAGAAGCGAAACAUGAAGCGCGCGGUUGAGGUGCAUGCGGAGAACCAGCGCAUGCAGGCGAAGAAGAUGGCAGAGCAACGGGAGCGGGCAAAGAAGCUCGAGGAGGAACGCAAAGCCGCCGAAAGGAGAUGGUAUAAAUUUUGGUAA